AUGGGUGAGGCUGACAGUUACUUCAAUAACUCCGGCCAGCAGCAGCAGCACCAACAGCCUCAGCAGCAGGAUCGAAGUUAUGGAGGACCUCAGUACGGGCAGCAGCAGUAUGCGCAACCUCCAGGUCCCCCUCCAGGCCCUCCGCCACCGGCCAACUAUGCGCCUCAGGGCAAUGGCUAUGGCGAUGGGUACGGUGCUCGCAUAGACGAGAAGCCCCAGUUCGAGGAGACUUUCAAGAUCGCGAAGCCCAAGUACAAUGAUGUGUGGGCUGGUAUCCUGUUCAUCCUCGUCUUUGGCGGCUUUGUCGCCGUGUCUGCCAUCGCGCUGCUCGGAUACACCAAGACCCGAAAUAUCAACGGCGGCGGAAUCAACGACGGACGCAACGCCUUCGCACUUGACACGAGUACUAUGAUCAUGUUUGGCUGCGUUCUCGCCGUAGCCGUCGUCUUCUCCUAUGCGUACGUCUGGCUUGCCCGCAUAUUCCCCAAGCAGUUCAUCUGGAUCACGGGUAUCUUGAACAUCGUCUUCGCCGUCGGUACGGCUGCCUUCUACUUCUGGCGACGCUACUGGAGUGCCGCCAUUGUGUUCACCAUCUUUGCCCUCUUCCUGAUGUUUGCCUUUUACACAUGGAUCUCGCGGAUUCCCUUCUCUGCGCUGAUGCUGAAGACGAGUAUUGACGUGAGCAAGAAGUAUGGCCACGUCUACCUGGUAAGCUUUAUCGGAGGGUUGGUUGCCGCGGCGUUUGGUGCGUGGUUCUCAGUGACUUUGGUGGCCGUCUAUACUAGGUGGGAGCCUUCGCCAUCGUGCAAUGCUGCCGGCGGCGGCUGUAGUAAUGGUAAGGUGAUUGGCCUAAUCGUCUUCAUCACCUUUGCCAUGUACUGGAUCUCCGAAUGGCUCAAGAACACGAUUCACGUCACCAUCUCGGGUGUGUACGGAGCUUGGUACUUCAGCCCUCACAACUUCCCCAGGGGCGCAACCAGGGGCGCCGCCAAGCGAGCGCUUACAUACAGCUUUGGGUCAAUCAGCUUUGGAAGCCUGCUUGUAGCCAUCAUCCAGUUCCUCCGGCAACUAUGCUCAGUUGCGCGUAGCGAAGCAGCGCAGCAGGGUGGCAUUGGGGGCAUGAUAGGCUAUGUGGUGUUCUGCAUCCUCGGCUGCCUCAUCUCGGUGCUGGAAUGGGCUGCCGAGUUCCUGAACCGGUAUGCGUUCAGCCACAUCGCUCUGUACGGGAAGGCGUAUAUUCCCGCCGCCAAGGAUACCUGGCACAUGAUCAAGGACCGCGGAAUUGAUGCGCUCGUGAAUGAAUGCUUGAUUGGACCGGUCCUCUCGUUUGGUGGCAUGUUCGUUGGCUAUGCCUGCGCACUUCUCGCUUACCUGUUCCUCUACAUACAAAAACCCUCUUACAACACAACGGGUGCUUACACGCCGGUGGUGGUGGCAUUUGCGUUCCUCAUCGGUUUCCAGAUCGCCAAUGUGUUCACGACACCUCUGUCAAGCGGCAUCGACACCCUAUUUGUUGGGAUGGGAUGGGACCCCCAGGUCCUGGCACGUGAACACCCCGAGCUCUAUGAAGAGAUGGCUCGUGUCUACCCCAAGGUGCAUGAAGUGAUCCAGGUUCGCUAA